AUGUCAUCGCCUCCCGUCACAGCGGAAAACCUGAUUCAAAACGCCAUAGAAAAAUUAGUUUUACUGGAUGUCGUGCGUGAUUCGUUGGGACUGAGCAUACCGAUCGACCUUCACCGUCUCAACCUCCCUGUCGAUCUAAUACGCCCUCGAACACCGCAUAAUGAGGCGACUCCAAUUUUAUUCUUAUCCGCUGCUCCUACUCGCCCUCCAUCAUCUCUCCCUCCACCCCAUGAUAUUACACUCCGGACUUCAGUCGCUGAGUACCUUGGCAGCGGCCGAACCGGCCUGGUUUAUAUCCUCAGUGAUCCCGUUCUCUCAGACCCUAACAAUAAACUCCCCGAACUCGUCUUCAAAUUUCCUCGCUCGCAUCGAUGCGCCGAUAUCUACCGCGAGUCGUGGUUCUACGAGGAGAUGGAGCGUCUUCAAGGUGUAGCGAUACCGAGGUGUUAUGAACGCUUGGGCUGCCGUCUGCCCAUCGGAAAACCCAUCCCUGCGGAUGUACGGGAAGACUUGCACACCCUCAUCGCAGAGAUAGGGUACCUUGCUAUCCUCAAUUCGCAGGAUAUCCGACAUGCAAACAUUCUAGAAGCGCCGCAACACCCUCCUGGCCUUGCGAGUAUCUCCUCGCCGUUCACUCACCGCACCCACGGCUGGCGCAUCAUCGACUUCAAGAUGACAGCAAAAAGCAUGAUGACACCUACUGCUCUUCGACAAGCACAUAAGAGCAUGCUCAGGCCUAUUCUGGAUGGGCUUGAGAAAGGAUACUAUGCCUGGGAAUCGCCGUUCUAG